UCUGACGGAGGGUCGAAGCUGGCAUUUUCUUUUCUGGCCUUUCUUUUUCUCCACCAUUUUCCCCUAUUUACACUCGAAACACUCGUUUUAAAUCCCACAUUCUUCUUCUUCGUCUUCUUCUUCUCUCUCUCUCUUUCUGACUUGAAAGCUCUCCUCCUUCGUUAGAGUAAAGAAAAAUGUAUUUCCUUUGAGAGGGAGAGAGAGAGAGAGAGGGAGGGAUUCGUUUUUCUUCUGCUGGAACAAGAUAACAAAAAGAACGAACAACAAUGGUUACUGCUUCUCCACGCCCCACCGCUAGUGAAAAGAAGCACUGGUGGCUUACCAACAGAAAGAUGGUGGACAAGUACGUUAGAGAUGCUCGUAAUCUCAUAGCCACCCAAGAACAGAGCGAGAUUUCCUCAGCAUUGAGCCUUCUCGACGCAGCUUUGGCCCUCUCGCCGGGGCUCGAGCAAGCCAUGGAGCUCAAAGCCAGGGCUCUGCUAUAUCUGCGGCGGUUCAAGGACGUGGCCGGUAUGCUCCAAGACUACAUUCCGAGCCUGAAAAUGGCUAACGAUGACUCGGGAUCUCUUUCAUCCGAGACCUCGUCCCAGCAGCUCUCGAGGGAGCGAGUCAAGCUUCUUGGGUCUGGUUACUUGUCCUCCGACUGGGCUUGUCGGGAUCGGGAUCCUAGUUUCAAGUGCUUCUCUGUCUCGGACUUGAAGAAGAAAGUCAUGGCGGGGCUAUGCAAAAACUGCGACAAAGAUGGACAAUGGAGGUACUUGGUUCUGGGUCAAGCUUGUUGCCAUUUAGGGCUGAUGGAGGACGCCAUGGCUCUCCUCCAGACCGGCAAGCGCCUCACCACUGCUGCAUUUCGCCGCGAAAGCAUUUGCCGGUCCGAAGACAGCUUCUCCGUCUCCUCCACCAUCACUAUCUCCGCCACAACCCCUCCCACCACUCCGCCGCGUGAUCCGACCGAUACCGAGAGCGUAAACCAACUUAUCAGCCACAUAAAGCUCCUGCUCCGUCGCAAGACCGCCGCGCUUGCUGCCCUCGAUGCCGGGCUUUACUCCGAGGCCAUCCGCCACUUCAGCAAGAUCGUCGACGGCCGCCGCGGGGCCCCUCAAGGGUUCUUGGCCGAGUGCUACUUGCACCGGGCCUCAGCCUAUCGAUCAGCUGGUCGAAUAGCCGAGUCGAUCGCUGAUUGCAACAAGACUUUGGCUUUGGACCCGACCUGCAUUCAAGCUCUCGAUACAAGAGCGUCUCUUUUGGAAACGAUCCGGUGCUUGCCGGACUGUCUGCACGACCUUGAGCAUCUGAAGCUUUUGUACAACUCGAUUCUACGGGAUAGGAAGCUUCCUGGGUCGGGUUGGAAGCGACAAAACGUGAGGUACAGGGAGAUUCCUGGGAAGCUCUGUGCGCUCACUACCAAGAUUCAACAACUGAAGCAGAGGGUCGCUUCUGGGGAGACCGGGAACGUGGAUUACUACGUUUUGAUUGGGUUGAGACGUGGGUGUUCGAGGUCUGAGUUAGAGAGAGCGCAUUUGUUGCUGUGUUUGAAGCAUAAGCCGGAUAAAGCUAUCAACUUUAUUGAUAGGUGUGAGCUUGCUGAUGAUCGCGAUCUUGAUUCGGUGAAAGACCGGGCGAGGAUGUCAGCUUUGUUGCUGUACAGAUUGCUACAAAAGGGUUAUUCCAGCGUAAUGGCUACAAUUAUGGACGAGGAAGCGGCCGAGAAACAGAGAAAAAAGGCCGCAGCUGCACUGCAAGCAGCACAAGCAGCGGCAAAACCAGUCCAGCAAACCCAAGAAUCCCAAUCGGAAUCGGAAAACACUUCCUCUUCUUCCAAGUCUUGUACGAAUUCGUCGGUUUUCCAAGGUGUGUUUUGCCGGGACCUUGCUGUGGUUGGAAGUUUGCUUUCACAAGCUGGUUUUAACCGUCAAAUUCCAAUGAAGUACGAGGCAUUGAGCUGCUGAUUGGAUCAAUGGAGUUGGUUGGCUGAGAAAAUUCAAGUUCUUUUGAGAUGUUACCGGCAGGGGAAUCUCUGGUUCACCAUCCUCUAUUCUGUACAAAAUAUAUUUUUACAAGUACUGCCGGAAAAUUUUGCAUCCCAUUUUCAUGUUUCCUUAUCUACUCCAUUUACAGAAUUUUCAGUAACGGAUUUUCUACUUUCGGGGUU